AUGUGGUCUGCAUCUCGUCCGGUGGAAAAAGGUCAAGCGUCUUAUCGAUGCAAGAAAGCAAUUAUAACACAUGGAAAUAAUUUCAUUGCUUCAGCGGCGCGCAUUCGAGGAAUCAAAAAGGAUAUUUGGGAGACUCUCAAUGAUGCGUUGUCAGAUGAAUCAUUAAGUAGAGGCUGGGCUCAUGAUAGAUUGAAAUUAGGACCCGAAGGAAAAGAUGCAGAAAUGUUUGGUGAAAAGGACAGUUUGGAAAAGCCGCAUUUGGGUUAUACGGUUGAGAGGCUGUGGGGAAUCUUGUUGGGGUGUUCAAAACAGAAGAUUGCUUGGAGAUGUCCUAACUUGUGGAAGGGGUGGAGAAGGGGUUGGGAGAAGGAGGAUUGUGCCUGUAGAGAUUGA